AUGGAAGUGUACCAGGACCAGGAGGAGUGGUCAAAAGUAAAAGACAAAAUGCUAGAAACAUUUUUAAAGCACCAAAACAACUACUACCACGGAAGAAUGGAGCAUGGCAAUAUGCCUGCAUCCAAUAACCCACUAAUUCGCAGUCUCCAAGACAAGCGCUCACCUCUCCCCCAGCAACAUUGGUUCGGUACAAUUGACCAUCCUCAACUUGUAGCCAAUACAUUUAGCAGAGCAGUGGCUGUAUAUUGGAAUACUCCAAUUGAAACAGGCGACUGUCUUUUUGUUCCAUUUGCUACCUUGCCAGAAAAAGUGGAACCGAUAAUUAUUAUCUUAGAUUUCUUCAAUUUGGUUGUUUUGCAUGUCUUAUCAGUGCUCAAUUUGUCAGUAACACUCCCAAAGGCCAAUUACAAGUGA